AUGUAUGCAUAUGACACCCUGCAGUUAUAUGUAUACUCCAGUACGCUAAUUGGGUGUGGUUGGUCCUGUAACCAAGCCUACUCAGUUCCACUUCUGGCCUUCGAUUUUCGUUUCAUCUUCUUCCAGCAAUUACAGCAUCAUGGCAGUAGUAAUAGGGAUACUUCUCUACCCUGUUGGUCUAGCAAUCUGCAACCUCUCCUUCCAUCCUCUAAGUUCAUAUCCAGGACCAUGAUUAUAGCGAGUGUCCCCUUCGAUUACCACAUCGUUCGAGGCACCCUCCGCAUCGGUCCCAACGAGCUGAGCUUCGCGGACUCCCGUGUCUGGAAAGAUGUCUGUGCUCACAGGCCAGAGUUCCAAAUGGCUCUUACAGCAUUCUUGGAGCACCUCGGGAGGAACAUGCGAGAUUUCGACGCCUCAGUCUUCGAUGUAAUUGGCGAACUAGCAUGGGGAGAAUCGUUUCACGGCCUCGAAGAGAGACGCGUUCACGACUGGGUGUCUGCUAUCCUCGGAAAUGUCAAGUACGGCGAUUUUCGUCCUGGCUCAUAG